AUAGAUUAGUCACUUACUUAAUUAUUUAAUUUAACAAAAAUUAAUUGAAUAAUAAUUGUUUGUUUCUUUUUAUUUUAAUAAGCGUGAUUUUACUUGAACGUAUAUAUUGUAGAUAUUCUAUGCAUCUACGCAUUAUUUAUUAUUCUUUACAAAUCAGCACCUAUACGAACGAAAAUUUAAAAAAAGAUAUUAACGAUCAUUUUCUCAAUCACGAGAAUUGUGAUUUACCAAUUGAUCUUUUAUAAUUUAUUUUACCAUUUAGAAAGUUUGAUACAACAUGGAUUAUUUUCAACUUCUCUGCGCCAUUGGAGCGUUAUUGUUCGCGAUUUAUUAUUACUUCACUUUAACCUUUGACACGUGGAAGAGUCGUGGCAUACCUGGACCAAAACCUAUGAUCUUUUUCGGUAAUUUCCAAGAAGUUAUCUUCAAGAAAAUAUCCCUGGCCGAAAAAACAAAGCAAUUAUAUCAAGAAUACAAGAACGAAUUAGUUUUUGGAAUAUUUCAAGGGAGAACCCCUGUUCUUGUUAUUAACGACUUGGAUACGAUCAAGGACGUUCUCAUCAGAGAUUUCAGUUUAUUCGCGGAUCGAGGAAUUCAUAUAAAUCCUAAGGUGGAACCGAUAUUUCAAACUCUCUUCGCAUUGGAGCCUAAAACGUGGCGACCGUUGAGAACGAAACUCUCUCCAGUGUUUACAUCGGGCAAAUUAAAGGAUAUGUUCCCUCUUAUACUGGAUUGCGCAAAAAAUUUAGAGGAAUACGUAGAAAAGGUAACAGAGAGCGGAGAAGCAGUGGACUGUCGUGAUAUGGCUGCAAAAUUCACCACCGAUGUAAUUGGCAGUUGCGCGUUCGGAGUGUGCAUGAACUCUCUUUCACCCGAAGGAAGCGAAUUUCGUCGAAUGGGGGAACAACUUGGCAAAUUCAAUUUCAAACGCUUAGCCAGAGAUUUUACCAGGCUAUAUAUGCCAUUUUUGUUCGAUAUAAUUGGUGGUUACUUACAAUCGCACGAAAUUAAUAACUUCUUCAUAAAUCUGAUCCGUGACUCGAUCAAAUACAGACAGGAGAAUAACGUAUUCAGGCCGGAUUUUGUGAACACGUUGAAAGAACUAAAGGAGCAUCCAGAAAAAUUAGAGAAUGUUGAAUUAACCGAUGCGCUUCUCACUUCGCAAGCACUCGUCUUCUUCCUCGCUGGAUUUGAAACAUCUUCGACAACGAUUUCAAAUGCUCUUUACGAGUUAGCUCAAAAUCCGGAAAUGCAAGAUAAAUUGCGGGAAGAAAUAAAAGAAGUUUACCAGAAUAAUGGCGGAGCAUUGUCAUAUACAGAUAUGAAGGAAAUGAAAUAUUUGGACAAGGUAUUUAAAGAAACACUGAGAAAGUAUCCAGUGUUGCCGGUAAUAAGCAGAAAAGCGAUGGAAAAUUAUACAUUUAAAAACACGAAAAUUACUAUAUCGAAGGGGACAAGAGUAUGGAUACCAGCGUAUGGAAUUCAACACGAUCCAAAUAUUUAUCCGGAACCUCAAGUGUUCGAUCCCGAAAGAUUCGAAGAUGAUGCUUUCGCUAGUAGACAUCCUAUGAGCUACUUGCCGUUUGGCGAUGGGCCAAGAAAUUGCAUCGGUGCUCGUUUUGCGCAUUAUCAAAGCAAGGUUGGUCUUAUCACGAUUCUGCGUGAUCACAAAGUUGAAGUUUGUGCAGAGACGUUGAUACCGUAUGAAUCCGAACCGCGAAAUAUAUUGAUGAUACCGAAAGGAGGAAAAGUGGAGUUGAAAAUAACGAAAGUUUAAUUAUUAACCUCUUCCAUAUUUAUCUUAAUUUUUAUUUUAAUCUUUAGUCGUAGAAAGAGAUAUUUUUUUAAAAAAUAUUG